CUGUAUGAGAACUUGCUAGGAUAACUUUACAGAACACCGGUCCGGCUGAGGUACUGUAGUGCUCGAGGGAGGAGCAGGAGCAAACCGAAACUCUUUUAAUCUGCCUUUAUUAAGUAACACUCACUCUUGUUUCGGUGAAGAAGAGAAAAGGCAGUGUCCAUCUCAGCAAAAUAAACCCGUUCGGCUGCUAGUUUUGUUUUCAGUCUCGGGUUUAUGGUUUCACGAGCGGCUUGAAUAGGCGGCGCGCGCGUGCGUGUGUGUGUGUAACUUGGCGACACCAAACUGAGGAGCUCCAGCCGGGCGGGUGACAGCGGCGACUACUACUACUUUGAGAUGAGCUUCGAAAAUCCUCCACCAUACGCAGGCCCAGGUGCCCCUGUUCCGGGUUACCCUCCUGCCAAUGCUCCUGGCUACCCACCUCAGGGCUACCCACCUCAGGGCUACCCCGCUCAGCCAGGACCAUACCCGAACUACCCUGCUGCGCCACCGGGGCCGUACCCUGGCCAACCUGGCUAUCAGGGAUAUCCAGUGCCUCCUCAGCCAGGGUAUGGCGGACCGGUGUAUGGAGAGGCUCCCAAAAACACAGUGUAUGUCGUGGAACAGGGUCGGCGAGACGAUUCGGGAGACCAGGCAUGUCUGACCGCAUGCUGGACAGCUCUGUGCUGCUGCUGUCUCUGGGACAUGUUGACCUAAUCUGUCUUCAGCCGGGCGUUCAUCUUGAAAGACCUUUUUUCCUGCUGUAUUUAUGUAUGACUACUGCAUAAACAAUGCUCCAAUGAAAGAGAGAUGUAUGAUUUGUUUCAGGGAUUUUACAUGUUCCAGUUUUCACAACGUCAAUAAAUUCAAUGCUAUGCACUGAGACCUUUAUAGAAAUGCAAGCCUAGUUCAAGACACACGUAAACUGAGCUAUUUUUAUUUUUCAUUUUACGUAGCCAAAAAGCAAAAGCAUUGCUAGAAUUCUAAUUGUCUACAGGUAUAGAAAUGAUGAUAAACGCAUGCUUUUGUUCAGUUUAAAGCCAUUUGAGGGGUGGGGCAGGGCUAUUUAGAAAAUAGGAAACUAUUAUAAGAAGUCAGUCAAUGAAAAUUUCUUAAUGUAUACGAAAUAAAACAGUUUUUGAGCUUUUUAGAGAGUUUUAUGGAUAUAAUUUAAUUUUUUUCCAAUCUGUCAUAUUUUGUGUAAUGUCUCUGAAUGUAUGAAUCGCAAUGUAGUUUGGACAUUUUACAGUGUCUGUAUAAGUGUCUGACUUCACAAUGUAACUAAACACACCAUGUCCAAAUAA